GCAUCAUCCCCGACUGUAUUAUGAUACCUUGUUCUUAAUCAUGACCUGUUUUUCUAAGUACGCACACUGAUGUUUUCAUGCACACAAUUCUGCCAUACUUCCGAACGGAUUUCAAUGCCUUUUUGGCUUAACGCGCUUGCUACUGCAACACGUCACGCCAAUAAUGCGCGCAACCUUCCCUGUUACGUAACCCUUAAUGUAGAGCUCCAUCAGCGAGGAUGAUGCGUUAUGCUCUGCUUGGGCUGUUUCCACGUAAUGACGGAUGCUGAGCUGCGUCCCACCCCCUGCCCCAUACGAAUGGUCCUUCAUGGUGCCACCAGACGGACAUUACACGGCCGAGGAAAACAACAAACAGCCUCCAUCACAAGGGUUGAGAUUUUUUACCAUUGUAGGUUGGUGUUAAUGUCUGAGUGCCACCAUGGCAAACAGGGGACCAAGCUAUGGGCUCAGCCGUGAGGUCCAAGAGAAGAUUGAACAGAAGUAUGAUGCAGAGUUGGAGGCUCGGCUUGUGGGAUGGAUCAUGGCCCAGUGUGGUGACGACCUGGAACGACCUGAGCCUGGCAAACAGAACUUCCAGAAAUGGCUCAUGAGUGGAACAAUUCUCUGCCGGCUCAUUAACAGUCUGUACCCCAGUGGUGAGGAACCAAUUAAGAAAAUUACAGAAACUAGUAUGGUCUUUAAGCAAAUGGAAAAGAUUUCUCAGUUCCUGCAAGCUGCUGAAGAUUAUGGUGUUAACAGAGGAGACAUAUUCCAAACUGUUGAUCUUUGGGAAGGAAAGGACAUGGCUGCAGUCCAGAGGACACUGAUGGCUCUGGGAAGUGAAGCUCUGACAAAGGAUGAUGGACAUUACCAUGGAGACAAAGACUGGUUUCAUAGGAAAGCCAAGGUCCACAAGAGGGAGUUUUCUGAGGAGCAGCUGCGUCAAGGUCGCAGUCUUAUUGGCAUGCAAAUGGGAAGCAGUCGUGGAGCAUCUCAAUCUGGCAUGGUAGGGUACGGCACCCCACGGCAAAUCAUGCGGUAUGACUCUCCUCGACAUAACGGACAACAGAGUAAUCCCUAAACACCAUAUAGUUUAAUAUUUAAAAAAUGUACUGGAGCCCAAAGCCAAAUCUAGAGCUCCAGUUGUAGGAGGAAUGUGUACGUUUGUGUAUGUAUAUAGAUAAACUGUGGACUGUUGCUGCUUACACCAGUCCUUGAAUUACACACAUCAGAAUGUUGUCCCUUCAUCCACAAUGCACCUGUGCCGGCUGUUAUUGUCUCUCAGGCAAGCUCCAGAUCAAGGCCAAAAUGUGCAAAAUAAAUAAUUUAAAUUGAAUAUAAUAUCAAAAGGCUCAACUCUUAAAGUCUCUUGUAAUAUACAUCUCUGUAAACAUGUAGCCCUUUAAAAAUGGUAAGCUGACAAUCUGGUACUUGAAUGUCUAGCGUUCAUUUAUAAUUAUGCAUUAUGCUCAUGAUUUUACCUGAAGCUACAUAAAAGUCAAUUUAAGGAAUUGUGUCCUGUGAAAUUAAACCCACAAUAUCAGCAUUGCAAGCCCAUACUCUACCAGUUGGGCUGAAUGAGUUGUGCAUGCUGUGCAAUAGGUACAUUCUGAAGAAAAGUCUAUUUUACUUAAAGUUAUAUGUAACCAAUCAGUGUGUCAAUAUAUACAAAAUAAACAGUGCUUAAAAUAUAAAUGUAUUUGAUUAAAAUAAUACUGUGCUCAGUUGCUACCAAAUGUACAUUAUUGUUUAUGUGUAUACUAACUAUAAAGGUUCAUGCACCUGCUAGCAGAAUGCGCCAAACUAAUCGACUCAGGUCAUUCAGUGUCUUCAAAAAAUUUAAUUGUUGUGCAGAAAUUUCUGGUGUCACCGCAAGUAAAUCUAAUACGAAAGAAUGUGGUAUUUAUUUAAAAGUAAUUUUAAAUGUAGCUAUUUUCAACUUUUGUUAAUUGUAUGCAUUAACAUGCAUGUAAAGUAAAUAUGUUUCUGAUGCUAAGACUGCAUUGCAGAUUGUGAAGUUUGACGUCUAUACACAGUACCUUUGACAAUCAAAAUACUUUCCAGUUAUGACUGAAAUGUUUGGCUGUUUAGUUCCGUGUUUCUAGUUUUUAUUUUUGUGGUUUGAUUUUAAAUCAAUUUAUUAUUAGAACAUUUAAAUUAACCAUCAUUAUUGUUUUUGUGCUGUUUUCUAAAUGUCUUGGUUUAGUUUUAAUUUAUUGGAAUGUAGAUACAUUUGUUGUUGUUUUUAUGCAAAAUUGUUUGACUAUUGUAAAAGUGAGGACUAGAUAUAAGUCUCAGUUGUGUGCACAAAUGUCUAUAAUUUCGAUAAUUGUUGCAAAUAUAUCUUGCUAUUCACUGGAAGUUGUUUAUGUGUUUGUGAAAGGUAAACUCUUGACCAGACCAUUGUUUGUUUAAAUUGGAACAUUAGUUAAUAUAUUUACACAAAUGUGCCUCUACUUAUACAAAUCAUUCCACGUUCAUUUAAUUCUGACCUUCACAGACACAAGCUGCAAGGUAGAGUGUAUUGGUUUGUGGUAAGAUACAUUUGUAAUGUCUGCUGACCUGAUGGAAUAUUGUACACUCAUUCAUAUAGCAUUUUCUUUACAAAUAGUUUUAUUCUGUGAGGUUUAAGCAUUUUAGAUUUCAGUGUUGUGU